AUGUAGCUAUUUAGAGCAAACUUAUUUAAAUCCAAGAUAAGUGUAGAAACUGGGUAUCCCCAAAUUCAAAGUAGCAUUAAAAUCCGUGAAUUUGCAUUGUAUUGUAAGCCUUAUUUUUAUUUGUUUCUUUCUUACCAUAAAUUAAACGAAAAAGAAAAAUCUUUCUAAACCACAGACUCUAGAAACUUCAAGAAAAAAAAAAACUUUACAUCAGCAAAUCGCAUCCAGUCGUUUCCAAUCAAUCCGCGAUUUGGCGCGACCGAACACAUAAUCAAAUUAAAAUAGUAAAAAAUUAAGAAAAAAAAUAACAUAUCAUUAUAUAAAAACCCAUUUUAGUGUUCAUUUCAUCGUCGAAGUAACUGCUGCAAUUUGUUCAGAGCCUUAUUUUGCAAAAGGAAAGGAUUGUUGGAAACUGGCAAAUUCUGGAUAUGGCAGUUGUUGCAGGGACAGCAACGACGGCUUCUUUGACUCUGGUGAAGCUUCAAUGUCUCCCGUCAGCUCCUUCUUUGAGGAAAUUCUGGGGUGGGAGCGAACACCCAGGAGGAAAAUUGGGUGUGAAAUUUAUGGGUGUAAAAGCGAGGUUUGGCUCUUUCGAGAGUGGCGGUGCUGCUGUUUUGGAACGACCAAGUUUUGAUCAGUCCCAGUUUGAACCUUCUACUCAAGUGCUCGAAGGUGGUGAUAUUGGGCGCUUGAGGGAUAAAAAAGGUACUGGCAGUGGAGACAGUUAUAGAGUUUUGCUGGUUGAUGAUGCUGGUCAUUCUGAAAAAAUUAGUUGUGAAGGUUUUGCCCCAAGUUGUUCCAUCUGUUACACCUGAUAAUGCAAGAAAACUGUUUCAUGUAUCACGAGAAAAUGGAGUGGCAGUUGUAAUUGUAACAGUUAAGGAGCAUGCUGAAUUCUAUUCGCAAAUGAUGGUGCAUGGUGGAUUACGAUCAACUAUCGAGCCAGAUUCAAGUGUAAUGUAAAGCUGACAACUUUAUAUCAUAUGAACUGCAGCAAGCAAGACUUAGCAUUGACAAUUUUGCAAAUUCAAGACUCCAUUAUGAGAACUUCGAUGACUCCAAGUUCAAUACAACAGUUAAAAGAGUAAAGAUUUUGUAGUCUGCGGUUUAGUUAACAGACAGCACGCGGAAGGAUCAAGUCUCUUACCCCUUUGUUUUGGUCUUUGAGAAACAAUUCUGCUCUAGCUAAUUCCCAAAAGGCCACCAACUUUCAUUUUCUUCUCUUUGGAUUCUUCUGAUAUGAAU